CAAUGGCGACUGUACAGGUUCUAUGUCCAAAUGGAAGACGGCAAAAUGUGAAAAUAACACCCAAUACAAAGUUGCUGCAGGUACUAGAAGAAGUUUGUAAAAAGCAAGGAUUCCUACCACCAGAAGAUUUUAAUCUAAUUCAUGGAAGGAAGACCCUAGAUGUGACAUUAUCAGUAAGAUUUGCUAACCUUCCAAAUAACUGCAAGUUAGAAUUGGUUAAAUCUGAGAAAAGUCGUGUUGAACAAGAAGUAGUAAUAGCAUUACAGUUGGAGAAUGGAGAGAGACUGCAGGGAUCAUUUUCCCCAACCAUUUCAUUAUGGGAACUGUUACUUCAUUGGGAAAAUAAGUCAGAAAGUUUAUCAUCAGGGCAGUUGACAAGUACAGAUUCUACCAGUGUUCCACCAACACAUCCUGUCUGUAUUUAUAUGAGGGAAGAGGUAAUUGGGGAAAUGGCUUUAAAAGAAACAAGCUUAAGAAAACUUGGCCUAACAGGAGGCAAAGCUGCAAUAAGAUAUGCUCAAAGACCAGUUGAAGAUAGUGUUUUAGCAGACAUAAUAUCUAAAUUAGAGAAAGAACAAGUAAACAAUGCUAGACUAGAACAGAUAGCUGCUAGACAAAAUUCUCAGUCAGAUCAACCAAAAGAUUCAAAAUCUACUGAAAUAAAAGCAGAUCAGAAUGUGCAAUCUAAUCAACCUGGAUUAAAACCUGAAACUACUCAUAAUGAUGAAAAUGUCUCAAAACAAUCAAAUGAUGAAAAUGAAAGUAAGAAAUCCCAAAGUAAAAGUAGUGCUAAUAAUUCAGAACCAAUGGAAACUGAUAGUUCAGAACAUGUGACUACAGUGAAUCAAUCAAUGGAUGUAGAUAGGACAGAAAAUACAAUUAGUGAUAAUAUAGUUACUGCUGGAAGUAGAAAUUUAAGUCAGAAUGGUACUGAUCGUAGAUCUCAGGCUGAGGCUAUCAGACGAGGGGCUGAAGCAUUGAGGAAUAUGAAUAUACCUGGUGUGGAAGUUAUUACUCCUGAUGAUUUUUACGAUUUAACACCAAGAGAACAACAGGUUGCACGUCAGAUGGCAGCAGCAUAUAUGUCACAGAUUGGGGUAGAUGUUUCACAGAUACGACAAGGUGUUCAAUCAGCAUCAGGACAGAGAAGACCCCCACAACAACAGUCAUUUCAGGGAUUUAAGUUCCCAGAAGAAACAAAAGGAAAAGAUUUAUAUCAAAAUGAAUUAAGCUCUGUAAACAAAGAAGAAUAUAAGCCUUGUGAUAGAGAGACAAUGAUAUUUAGUAUGGACGAAGUGAUCAAAUCAACUGGUGCUAACCAAGAAAUUUCAGAAGAUUUUUUUGAGGUGACAGAAAAGGAUGUGAGAACAAUGAUGCAGGAUUUACAAAAGAAAAAUGAAGAAGAACAGCUUUUGAUGACCCAAUCCAUGAGAAGACAAAAGUUAGAGGAACAGUAUAAUAAAUAUGAAAGGGUUGUUAUUCGGAUACAGUUUGCUGACAAACUUGUUCUUCAGGGACUGUUCAGACCUAGAGAAACUGUGUUUGCCAUCAAGAAGUAUGUUAAAAGUUACCUUGAAGAUAAAGAUCUGAACUUUUAUUUGUACACAGCUCCACCAAAAAAACUUUUGAAAGAUAAUGCAGCUACAAUGAUAGAGGCCAAGUUAGCUCCAGCUUGUGUUGUUUACUUUGGAGUAGAGGAAAACAAAGUUUCAGAGCAUUAUCUCAGCCGAGCUGUGUUAAAAGAAGUAGGAUCCAGAAUUAAGGCUGAUGAAGUAGUCAGUAAAUGUUUUCCAAAGGAAGAUACUCCUGGGGAUGAAAAUACACCAACAACUAGUGGAUCAAGUUCACAGCCAAACAAAAGAAGUGCUGGAGAUAGACCUAGACAACCCAGAGAUACAACAGAACAGAAACCAGGUGUACCAAAAUGGUUUAAAGUUGGUAAAAAAUGAACCUAGUGAAAAAAUUUGUUUAUGAGGCUGAAGACAACUUGUUUAAAAGAGGUCCUUGUUAUGGAUUAAACCUCACAGAAAACGGACAGUUAGGGAUAUGAAGAAGCAAAACAAUAUACAGUUAUCCAACAUAUAAUGUGAUGUCGGCUUGUGAAUUUAAGCUUUGUAGAUUUUUGCCAAGCAAGUUGUUAAACCAAUUCAGAACACUUCUAGACUGCAUGAACAUUAAGUUUGCAAUUCAACAAGACAAUUGUUAUGGAAAUCUUGUUACUAAAUAAAUUAAGUAAUUGUUAUAA